AUCCAUCCAUCCAUCCGUCCGUCCGUCCGUCCGUCCAUCCAGCGAAGGGGGCUAGCGCCGCCCGUGGGCCCUGAAGCGCGCCCAGCCUCCAGUGCCUCCUUCCCUCACGACGCGCUGCGCUCCCCGCCGUGCCAGGAACAGGACGCCGAUCGACCCGGAGCCCAGGCUGGCAGGCAGGCUAGCCUUCGUUCCUUCGCGAGCUCCCGGGGCUCUGGCCCCGCUUCAGUGUCUCCGCCUCUCUCCCGCCCCCUUUUCGGAUGCUCGGGGCACCCGGAUGGAUUGAGUGAGCCUAGCCUUCGCCACCUCCUCCUCCCGGCUUAACUUGCUCAAACUUCCUCGGCCGGGGCAGAGCGCCGCCGCCGCCGCCCCUGCGGGCCCUGUUUUCCAGAAGAUGCACUAUUACAGAUAUUCUAAUGCUGAAGUCAGCUGUUGGUACAAGUAUCUUCUGUUCAGCUACAACAUUGUCUUCUGGUUAGCUGGAGUUGUUUUUCUUGCUGUUGGACUCUGGGCAUGGAGCGAGAAGGGUGUGCUCUCAGACUUGACCAAAGUGACUCGUCUCCAUGGUGUGGAUCCUGUGGUGCUGGUCCUGAUUGUGGGGGUGGUGAUGUUCACGUUGGGCUUUGCUGGCUGUGUGGGGGCCCUGAGGGAAAACAUCUGCCUCCUGCAGUUUUUCUGUGGGGCCAUUGUGCUGAUAUUUUUCCUGGAGCUGGCAGUUGCUGUGUUGGCCUUCCUGUUCCAGGAUUGGGUGAGGGACAGGUUCAGGGAGUUCUUCGAGAUCAAUAUCAAGUCUUACCGAGAUGACAUUGAUCUGCAGAACCUUAUUGACUCCCUGCAGAAAGCUAACCAGUGCUGUGGGGCUUAUGGCCCUGAAGACUGGGACCUCAAUGUUUACUUUAAUUGCAGUGGAGAAAGCUAUAGCAGAGAGAAAUGUGGUGUCCCGUUUUCUUGCUGUGUGCCAGAUCCUGCACAAAAAGUUGUGAAUACACAGUGUGGAUAUGAUGUCAGGACUAUGACAAAGAACAAAUGGGAUGAAUCCAUCUUUACCAAAGGCUGUAUCCCUGCUUUGGAGGCCUGGCUGCCUCGGAAUAUUUACAUAGUGGCAGGCGUUUUCAUUGCUGUCUCCUUACUGCAGAUAUUUGGCAUCUUCCUGGCCAGGACCUUGAUUUCGGACAUUGAGGCUGUGAAGGCUGGCCAUCACUUCUGAAGAUAAAAGCCCGACCCCAGCUGUGAAAGUGAAUCCAUUUCACUGUCAUUAACUUUGCAUCAAUAUGGAAAGAAAUCAACAAGCUGGCCUGAGAGUUCUCGACUGCCUCUCUACUAUCAUCUCCCUCCGAAUUAAGCCUUCCUUUGGCUAUCAGUUGGAUAGUCAUUCUGUUUCUGCUUCCUGCUGGUGCAGAAGGAAGAAGGGACACUAAACAAAGCUCAGAAGGCCUGAAGUCCACCAAGGCUUCCUUCCAGUGGUGGUUGGGACCAGGGGAGGGUGGUGGGUAUUGUGACCUAGAAGCCGAGAACUGACCUGUAAGUGGCAAAGAGUGAUAGGAAACAUGAGGGGGAAGACCCAGGGAGACUUCAGCAUGUCCGAGUUAGGGCACAUUUAAGAGUCGUCUCAGUGUCGACGUGUGCAGGAUAUCACUGUCUUAGAGCCUAGUUUUCUUGGCUCCCAGUUACUGUAAUCUGAGUUCCUCCUUUGCUUCACUGGUGCUCACCUUGUUGGAUAGAGAAAAUCCAGCACUGGGAAGACAAAAAUAGAUAGAGAAGUCUCUAUUCUGUUUCAGUGACA